AUGUCCCAGUACGCCGUAACUGCUGCUGCUGCUACCAGUGUCUCCAAUACCGCGGAAGACUCUGCUCCUCCUGCUGCCCACCACCAGCAGCAGCAGCAGCAACAAUCACCCGGAGCACAGACAGAAUCCCAACCUCAUCCAUCACAAGCGGGUGCGCUGCCACCCGUACAGCACAAGCGAGUAUACCAGGCGUGCAUUCCGUGCCGUCGAAGAAAGGUCCGCUGUGACUUGGGCAGUGUCGACAACCCUCACGAGCCUCCAUGUGUACGAUGUCGAAGAGAAAGCAAAGAGUGCUACUUCAGUGCCACUCGGCGCAAGCGCAAGAAUGAUGAAGAUGGAGAAGAGGACUACAUCAUUCGCAACGGACGCAAGAGACAUACUCUAGACGGCUCGCCACCCCCAACAUACCACAGACAAUCGUUCAGUAAUGUCCCACUCACGCCUGGAGGCUCUACCGGACGAACACAACCUCUUCGUCGUCCGGAUAAUGAGCGGCACGACAGCAAAGGGAGCUUCUCCGACAUUGGAGAAGAUGCGAGCGCCCGCUUGGAGAAUCUUGAAGCUCAGACAGUCAUGAGAAGGGAGGUCUAUGGCCCGCACGACGCUUUGGACUUGCUUUACAAAGCCGCGACCGACCAUCCCCAUGCGCACACUCCAAUCGAAAGCGUCCCGACAUCUACUUCUGUGCAAACGAAGCCACAGGUCCCAGCGUCUAGUCGUCCGCCUCGGGAAACUGCUCCCAACAGCCGAUCCACUGCCCGCAGAGACGUGCGAUCUGCUGAACCAAUCGACCCGCGUUUGCUGCCUGCAGCGAAUACUCGGGAGGCCGAAAAGGCCGAGAUCGAAAGGAGGGUUGAUGUGAGCCAUGAAGAGGGUUAUGAGGAUGCCCUAAAGGCCUGGGGCAGAUUCCGCUUUGUGAGAGCAGGCUGGUUCACUCGAGAGGAAGCCGUGAAAUACGUCACUUACUACUACGAAUUUCUGUCGCCAAUGACACCUAUUUCACCACCCACCUAUCGUCAUCCUGCAUCACAUCCUAUCCUUCUGACCGAGGAGCCUAUUUUGACCGUCACGCUACUGACAAUUGCUUCGAGAUAUUAUCAAAUCACUACAACUGGUGGUCAUUGCCGCUCACAUGCCAUUCAUGAGGAGCUCUGGAGAUAUCUGCGUCGCAUGAUCGAGCGAUGUCUUUGGGGUCAGGAGGCCUUUGGUGGUGGCUUUUGUGGUUCAGGGGCGGCAAACCAAACGUCCAGCACUGCACCCGAAAGAGGUCUCAGAAAAGGAAGUUUGCGCACUCUGGGGACUAUCGAGUCUUUCAUGAUCUUGACUGAGUGGCAUCCCCGGGCACUUCACUUCCCACCAGAGGAAGCCAUCGAUGAGCUUAUGCUCCCUACCUAUGAUGAGUCACUCUUGGCAGGCGAAGAGGAUGUGCAUAGGCAUACCGCAAACCACAUCCCCGGCGGUGGACGGAGGAUCGAGGGUUGGCUCGAACCUGCAUGGAGAAGCGACCGUAUGUGCUGGAUGCUGCUGAGUACUGCCAUGGCUCUUGCGUACGAGUUGGGAGUUUUUGACAACAUUGAUGUCGUCCUUGCCGAGAUCACCCGACCGGAAUAUGAAGACGAAGGUUACCGGCUGCGUGCUACGAGAAUCAAGCGCCUACUCAUGAUCUAUCUGACACAGCUGGCUGGGAGACUCGGUUGGACAAAUAUGGUGCCUGAGAGUAUCCGGACCACGGACCCUUACCACUCUGGUGUCCGACGACCAAAUUCACAUGAGGGCAACACACCGGGGACAAACAUCUCCAAUAUUUCCAAUGUGAAUUACGUUCCAGAUAUCGAGCUUGAUGACCAAAUAAUUCACUGCUGGGUCGGAAUCAGCACUGCCAUGCACAACGGCAAUCAAAAGCUCUUCCGGUCGCACAAACAUACGACUCACAUCAUUCAAAGCGGAGAGUACACAACAGAGUUGCAGAAGUUUCAACCUAUUUUGAAGGAUUGGUGGAAGACUUUUGAGCAGAUUCGGAUGCCUACCUUUAUACGCCAUAUUCUCACCAUUGAGUACGAAUAUGUUCGAAUCUACGUCAAUUCGCUUGCUCUCCAAGCAGUGGUUGAGAGGUCGACAUCCAAUGCGGGCAAUCCGCACAAUACCCUAGCCAACUUCAACAGUACUAUGGGCUUGGCUCCGACCCAAACGCAGACACAGAACCUCCUGGGUGCUUUGCCUCUUGGCACCCUUGGCGGAUUUGGCGCAGAGGACCAAGAGUUCAUCAAGGAAGUCGUUAAUGGCUGCCGCAACUUGCUCAGGACCGUGGUUGACGGUCUCUUGCCUGGAGGCUACCUCAAACAUGCCCCAGUCCGGACGUAUUUCCGAAUUAUUAGCGGGGCUAUGUUUCUUCUCAAAACAUUUGCCCUUGGCGCGCCGAGAUCUGAUGUAGAGCUUAGUAUCUCUCUCAUGGACCGCACUGUAGCCGCAUUGAGAGAUUGUGUGGUUGAUGAUGUACACUUGGGAACUCGGUUUGGCGACCUUCUAGAGUCCCUCACUCACCGCUUGAGGGUACGGUUCAAGCAUGCUCCAACCAAUGGCGUUGGCGAAAAUAGCAAGGCCGCCAGCGUCAAUGGGCAGAGUAAUGGUACGGACAAUGGAUAUGCAGAGCAUGCUAUGAAGCUGAGGGAAGGCCUUCUUGCUCCAACUGAUCGAUCUUCCACGCCUGCACUCCCAAUCUCGGCCACGCCUUUUGAUAACUCUACUGGUGUUUUCCCCUACCCGACCGGAUCGUCCUCCAUCUUUAGGCCCACCACGCCGGCAACUGCAGGUGUAGAUAUUCCCACUGUCGCAGACACCUUGUUUGAGCAGAACGAGUGGAAUAACCCGGACGAUCAGAUGUGGUAUCUUCCCACGGGCCCGGGACUUUUCCAAACUGGCGACAAUGCCAAUGUGACCAUGACCGACCAAGGUGUGAACAUUGGCGGCAUGGAUCUACUCGAUUUCAUGACCAUGGAUGCAGCGCAUUUUGAUUCUCUAAACACUGGUCAAUUCUAG